CGGGCGGACGGACGCGGAGGAGCUGCUGUGUCGUUCGCGCUGUUCUCGCCUCGCCCGCUCGCUCGCUGUGCGGUUGAGGAAGCACUCGUUGCUGUGUGGCUGUGCGGGAGGGCGGCCGCCAGUGACAUAAAUUAAAUUCGUUUUUCAUUAAUACAUCAAGAGUGUGGGAACGAUACCAGACAAUUGUCUUUUUCUUCUGUAACUCUUAAGUGAUAAUUCUGGAUUAACUUAACCUUCUCUCCACCCUCGGAAAAACAAGUGUAUAAUCAUGCUGGAAUUCGUUAGCAGUCAAUGAGACACUGAGGAAGAGGACUUGCCUUGGGAGGCCAAUUGGAACGAUACGUUAAUCAGCCAUAGACCUUCGCAGCAAGAGAGGCGAGCUGGGCCAGCCAUGAAGGGCGAAAUAUGGACACUGAUGCUUGUGGCGACGAUGCAGCUCGUGCUCGCGAAAGGACGCCAGACCGAAGACCUGUCCCCCCCGCACGAAAUCACGUGGGGGAGACCGAAUUCAGAGACGGCCUACUUCGAUGAUGACACUGACAUGAACGUGACAGCGGUGGUGGGGAAGCAGGCCAGACUACCGUGUCGAGUCAUCAACCUGAAUAAGAAGGACGUGUCGUGGAUUAGGCAACGCGAUUUGCAUAUUCUCACGGUUGGGAUUCUGACCUACACGAGUGACGACCGGUUUAAGGUCUUCCACCCAGAGGACAGCGACGACUGGUUCCUCGAGAUCAGCCCCGUCACCUUCAGAGACGCCGGCGUGUACGAGUGCCAGGUGUCAACGAGCCCCAAGAUUUUCCUCCCCGUCUCGCUCGCUGUGGAAGUCCAGCAAGCCCGAAUCAACGGCCCGAAGGAGGUGUUCAUCCAGAACGGCUCGACCAUCAAGCUCAUGUGCGUCGUGAACACCCACUCGGAGAACGUCGGUCAAGUGACCUGGUUUCGCGACGCGGCGGAGCUCGACUACGAUUCCCCGAGGGGCGGAGUCAGCCUGGAGAUCGAGAAGACGCCCGAGAGGACCACGUCCAAGCUGUUCCUGACGAGGGCGCUGAAGGGGGACUCGGGGAACUACACGUGCGCGCCGCAGUUCGCUCAGGCGGCCUCGGUCCUCGUGCACGUCGUCAAUGGCGAAGAAUCGGCAGCAGUUCAAACGGCAAAUUCCGUCACCCUGCGCUCGAACCCUCAGGCAAUGUGCGGGGCCUUGGCUGCACUCUUUCUCUGCCUUGGCUCCUGGUGACCCGCCGGCGAAGAGAGGGUAAUAUGCGGGACUUUGUGCGUGCAACAUUUACCACAGAGAGCAACUUCAACUUCAACUUCCAUGUGUAUAUAAUCGAGAGAAGUUCACGGUUUUCGAAACUGAUCUGAAACUUAUCCUCUUCCUAGAACU